CAGAUCAAAGUUCUACUCCAACUUUGACUUUAUUGGUAUGUUUGUAUAAGUGCACUAAACCCUAUUGUCAUCUCCUGGAGUUAACAUGGACUCUGUGUGGAGAAUCAUUCUCUUCAUAGUACUUCUUAUGCUCAAGGUGUAUGCUAUUCCAACACAAUAUGGCAAGGAUGCAGAUGCAGGCGAAUUACGGGAGGACAUUCUUGAAAUCAAUUUAGAUUCCCAGAGAGAUUUGUUUGAAGGAGAUAUUGCUGGAGAUCCACGAAGAAAUGCAAUAUUGGAUGAAAAAGCAAGAUGGGAGUUUCCCAUUCCAUACAUACUCACAGAUAGUUUGGAUCUUAAUGCAAAAGGAGUGAUCCUUCAAGCAUUUGAAAUGUAUCGUCUCAAGUCUUGUGUGGACUUUAAGCCCUAUGAAGGAGAGAGCACCUAUGUUUCUUUCACAAAGCUGGAUGGAUGUUGGUCAUUUGUGGGAGAUUUAAAGAAGGGGCAGAAUGUCUCCAUAGGAGACAGAUGUGACACCAAGGCCAUCGUAGAACAUGAACUUCUCCAUGCGCUGGGUUUCUACCAUGAGCAAUCUCGCUCAGACAGAGAUGACUAUGUCCAAAUCUGGUGGGAUCAAAUCAUUCCAGGAAAGGAGCACAAUUUCAAUAAGUAUGAGGAUGAUUUUAUAACCGAUUUGAACACGCCCUAUGAUUAUGAGUCCAUCAUGCACUACAGGCCUCUGUCUUUCAACAAGGACCCUGAUAUUCCCACCAUAACCACCACCAUCCCUGCCUUCAAUAAUGUAAUAGGACAGCGCUUAGACUUCAGUGCUCUUGAUCUGGAAAGACUGAAUCGCAUGUAUGAAUGCACUGCAACCCUCACUCUCCUGGAUCAAUGUGCCUUUGAGCAGAUCAACAUUUGUGGAAUGAUUCAGAACGAUGAAGAUGAUGCUGACUGGGUCCACACUUUGAGCUCUACAGAUGUAAAGGACCACACACUUGGAGGACAUUGCAGAGAUGCAGGCUAUUUUAUGAAGUUUGAUGCCACUAACAAGUCUGAGGGACACAGUGCUUUGUUGGAGUCACGGAUUCUUUACCCCAAGAGAAAGCAGCAGUGCCUUGAAUUCUUCUACAGGAUGAAUGGAGGCCCUGGUGACCAGCUCAUCAUUUGGGUCAGAAGGGAUGAUGGAACUGGCACUGUUCGCAAAGUCGGGAAAGUUCACACAAUCACAGGGGAUGGGGAUGAGUCAUGGAAGAUUGCACAUGUCACUCUAAAUGUUGAGGAAAAGUUCCGGUACUUCUUCCAGGGUAUUGUGGGCUCCAGCAAUACAUCAGGAGGGAUCUUUAUAGAUGACAUUACUCUGACUGAGACAGCAUGCCCAAAUGCUGUCUGGAGGAUUCAGAACUUCACCAACCUUCUCAAUACUAUCCCACAUGGUCACCGAGUUCAGAGUUCUCGUUUUUACAACUCUGAUGGUUACGCUUAUGGAAUUAAUGUUUAUCCAAAUGGCAGGAUAAACUCCUCUGAAGAGUUUGUUGGGAUCACCUUUCACCUUUUUGCUGGUGAGAAUGAUGCAGUAUUAGAAUGGCCUGCAGCGAAUCGGCAGGUCACGGUUACGGCUGUGGAUCAAAAUCCAGACAAAACCCUUCAAAUGUCUAACAGCAGAAGCUUCACCACUGAUGCUGAUAUGCAGUGGAAUAAACCAUCUACGGUUGGAGAAUGGGACGAUAGCUGCUUAUGCUACAGAGGUCCAGAGUUUGGCUGGGGUACUUUCAUCUCACACGAUCAGCUCCAUAGGCGGGACUUCCUCAAGAACGAUGACCUGAUCAUCACUGUAAUUUUGAUGGUAAUUUUGAUCAUGCACAACUGUUCCACCCAUCACUAUAAUUAGUAUAUGUACAGCUAU